GGAGGGGGCGGCGAGGGGGGGAGGGCGCGGCGGGCAGGAUGGAUUUCCAGCAGCUGGCGGACGUCGCGGAGAAAUGGUGCUCCAACACGCCCUUCGAGCUCAUCGCCACGGAGGAGACCGAGCGCAGGAUGGAUUUCUACGCCGACCCCGGCGUCUCCUUCUACGUGCUGUGUCCGGACAACGGCUGCGGGGACAAUUUUCACGUGUGGAGUGAGAGCGAGGACUGCCUGCCUUUCCUGCAGCUCGCACAGGACUACAUCUCCUCCUGCGGCAAGAAGACGCUCCAGGAAGUCUUGGAAAAAGUCUUCAAGUCUUUCAGACCCUUACUGGGGCUUCCGGAUGCUGAUGACGACGCGUUUGAAGAGUACAGUGCAGACGUGGAGGAGGAGGAGCCAGAGGCGGACCACCCCCAAAUGGGGGUCAGUCAGCAGUAAACUUGGAAGGGCUCCCACCUGCCAAGGAGUGAGCCCCGUGGUACCCGAGGCGGGCUCGUGUGCUGCUCCUGGGCUAGCUCUCAGCAGCAGGACGCCUGACUCCCAGCUUCCAAAUUAAAACGAAAUACCUUCUUAACAACCACAAAAUAUCUGGGAUGAGCUACGCUCAGAAGUGACCUGCAUUUGACUCCCGUGUCAGUGGGUGUCUAUGGCGUUGUCUCGGUAGCCUUGGCCGUUUCUAACUUAGAGUCCAUUCUGUGGCUGACGGUUCUCUCUUGAGUUUCUGUUGGAGAAUUGACAUUCACUGACUCGAAUGUAGGGAACUCUGAAUGUAUUAAGGAUGUGUUUUGAGUCCUCACAGGUGACUUUAUGGAGGGAAAGCAUGGCAGAGAAGAAUUGCAGUCUGCACUUUGUAUGUACCUGGUGACAUGUCGUAAGUGAACGUUUUUGCUUUUAAAGCAUGAGUUUUAAUACCUAGUCAUUACACUGCACAAGUGCAAGUACAAGGGUAGACAAGGAUCACCACUCAGCUCUGGGUGAAGAGGGGAGGGAAGGAAGACCCUCCCAGUGUGGGACAGUCCUGAGUUACCUGGGGACGUGGAGCUGGUUCCUGGUUGUAUAAACAUACUUGCCUGGUCAAUUAUUUUAAAACAUACUAAUUCCAAGACUUAAUAGUGGAAAAUAUAAAUGGGGUGACACCAGUUACCAACUUCUUUAGACUGUUUGUAAACCGUCCCACAUAUGACAGGAAACAUUUACCUUCUCUCUUUAUAAUGAGAUGGCAACUUGUUAAAUCAUGAAAAUAUCUAAAAUCCAAGGGCCACGUCAACUUUGAAGCCAUAGAUAAAUCUAAUGGGAAAAUAAACCAGGAUAACAUUUUUUUAAAAA